AGUUUACAAUUAAUUUUAAUGAUAUUUUAGAGACCAAACUAUUGAUAGGACAAUGAUUUCAGUGAUCAAUAGGUUUGUUAAUCACGUGUUUGUCAGACAAUGUUUGCGUCAAAACUCGUGUUCCGUGAGAUGUCUUACAACACAAAACUCGGAUUUGUCAGCAAUGGAUGACAAAGAACUACAGUUUGAAGAGUUAACUGUUGAAACAUUCAAAGAGUUGGUCACCAAUGAUACGAUUGGAAACAAAAUUGAGAUAAUUUUAAAUGAAUACGAAUACGAAAAGUAUACAACACUUCGGGUGCCAAUCACUAUCACGACUAACCAAAUGCGCGAUCUAUUGUCGUUAGACAAUCCAUUGGAUAGGAAGAGAUGGUUUUCAUAUCUUCAUAAACGACAAAAAGCUCGACAAAAGACAAACGAUAAACGACGCGAACAUACCGUCGAGUUUUGGGCACAGAAGUCACAGAAGUAUAGCCCAAAUGAGCCGCGAACUGGUUUUUGGGACCAAAACGGUCAACUAAUAUACGGCUUGUGGCACAACUCCCUCUUCACGAAGAUACCACUGACAAUAAUUCGUCGAUAUUAUAUCCAUCGUUUGCGGACAGCAGCCAUGUUUGGCCAAAAGUUGGUAAUUGAUAUGGACUUUGAUCAGUACAUGAAAUUAGCCGAAUGUCGACAAUUGGUUAAACAAAUUCAAUUACUUUAUAACUAUAAUCGAUAUCAAACGGUACAACCAUUUGAUUUGUAUUUUACAAACUGUAAACCAGAAAUGCCAUCAAUGAAGACGAUACCACAGAUACUACCAAAUUAUAAUACUCCAAGUUUUAUGGCACAGUUUCAUCAACAGUCAUACAUUGAUUUGUUUCCCAAAGACAGAUUGGUUUAUUUGACUCCACAUUCAAACACAGCACUUAAGACAUACAAUGCCGACGAUAUCUAUAUAAUUGGCGGUAUUAUUGAUAAGACAUAUCACGAGCCGGUAUCGCUUAUUAAGGCCGAAAAAGAGGGCAUCCGAACGGCCCGAUUGCCGAUUGAUGAGUACAUCUUAUGGGGAUGUGGUUCAAAAUACUUGUGUCUCAAUCAUAUGGUACAGAUCCUCCACGACGUCAACAUUGGCCACAAUUGGGUUAAUGCACUUAAGGAUAAUAUACCGAAAAGAAAACAAAAAAGUGUCGAAGAGAUUGAUUAUGAGGACAGACUUCGGCGACAAAAUUAUGUUAUUACAUAA